AUGAAUGGCGAUAAAGCGGGUUUCUUUUUCGAGGAAAAAGCUUUCAAUGAAAAGGGUGAGCUCAUUUUACCUCGCAGUCAAUGUUUACAGAAACUUGGUCAUGGUCUUCACGUUGAAAACGAUAAGUUUAUCAAAGUGACCUUUAAUGAUCGGGUUAAAAGCAUCUUAAAGACCAUUAAGUUUGUUGAUGCAGCCGUUUGUCAGAGUAUCCUUGUUUUUAAAAAUCCUCGAACUGGUUCAGAAGUGUCUCCCCAUAAAGAUGCUGAAUUUUUAUACACCGAACCAGUUGAUAGACUCUGCGCUAUUUGGGUCGCAUUGACCGAUGUGACCACAGAAAACGGAUGUCUUGAGGUUAUUCCAGGUUCUCAUGUAGAUCCACCCCGACGUCGAUUUAUCCGAUCAGUUGAUGAAAACGGAGUCAAGGCAGCUUUCGAUAAUCCACCAGGAUCAUAUGACGAUUCCGCUUUCGUCCCAGUUCCCGUUCCUCGAGGGUCAUGUUUAGUCUUCGAUGGUUCAUUGGUCCAUCGGAGUAAACCGAACACCUCAGAUAAACCGAGACCCGCUUACGUUGUUCAUUUCAUUGAUGAAGCCGAAAACAAAUGGUCUGAUAAAUGUUGGCUUCAGCUUUCGAAGCCUUUUCCCAGAGUUUAUUAA